UUGGCGACGCUGCUGCUUGUUUUGAAUACAGAUAAAAACAACUACAAAUAUCGAUAAUGUGUGAUUUUAAUCAUCUAUUUAAAUGCAUCCAAGCCGAAACAUAAACGAUGCCGGUCCCCCCUUCGGAGAGAACUCCAUGUUCCUUCGCCAGCUGAUCCCCCCCUUCCUCCCCCUCAGACAUCCCCCUAUCUUCAGGAGCAUCUACACCUCCUCUUCCUCCCACUUCCCCCCCUUCCUCCCCGCUCCUCCUCCAUGGUGGUCGGCCCAGUUUCCUCCUCAUCCUCCUCCUCAUCCUCCUCCUCCAUCCCGUCACUUCUCCUCCUGCAGGACGUUUCCUCCUUGGAGCUUCACCAACACUUCAAACUUCAGAGGAAGCUGCUCCUUCUCCACGUCCGCCGGCCUCCUGAUGGAGCGAUCGGACCGAGAGCCUCCUCACAAACGAAAGAAGAGCGCGGAGAAGGAGGAAAGGGAACAAAAAGGAGCGUCGAACCGAGAUCGAGGAUCCAAAUAUCACCCGGAUUCCUACAGAGACCCUCGGUCGAACCACAGAGACGGAGACGGGGGGAGGAGCUGGGAGAACAGCCGGGAGAACAGAGACGUAGAAAGGACUAAAAGUUGGAGUAAAGACAGACAGAGUGAUAGCAGUCGAGAUGAAACUGCAAACGAGAGAAGGAGUCCGUCGAGCUCCAGGAGUCACAGCAACCUGAAGUCAAAACCUGAACAGGAUCACGUCUCCAGACCCAGAACUAACGCCUGGUUCAAAGAGAGGGGGGAGGAGCAGGGGAGGAGAAACCCUCCUCCUCCUCCUCCAUCAGAGGGACAGAGAAGAGACAGAGGGAGUGAUGGAGAGGUUCAUUCCCAUCAUCCCAGCAGCGCGCCCCAAAGCCAGUGGCCGGGGAAACCAGUGAGACCUCUGCAGAGACACUGGCAGUCCUCCUCUCCUCCCUGCAGUACUGAACCCCGUCCACCAGGGAGCAGCGCAGCGUUUGACUUCUCCGUGAUGUCCUACAACAUCCUGUCCCAGCAGCUGCUGCAGGACAACGCCUACCUGUACCGCCACUGCCCCCCCGCGGUGCUGAGCUGGGACUACAGGCGGCCCAACCUGCUGGCAGAGAUCCAGCAGCACGACGCUGACAUCCUGUGCCUUCAAGAAGUCCAGGAGGAACAUUAUGAAGAGCAGAUCAAACCGGCUCUACAGGCACUGGGCUACCAUUGUGAGUUCAAGAAGCGAACAGGAAGUAAACCCCGACAGGUUGCCGCGGUCAUCUUUACCUCCCGCCUCUCUCUCCUCUCGUCCAAUCCCGUGGAGUACUUGCAACGCGGCGACGCCCUCUUGGACCGAGACAACGUGGGAUUGGUCCUACUGCUGCGACCUAAAGACGCCCGCAGCCAAUCAGAUGCCUCCUCCUUCAUCUGCGUGGCCAACACUCACCUGCUGUACAACCCUCGCCGGGGAGACAUCAAACUGGCCCAGUUGGCCAUCCUAUUGGCCGAGAUAAACCGGUUGUCCCGCCUCCCGGACGGAUCGACCAAUCCUGUGGUUCUGUGUGGGGAUUUUAACUCGACACCACGGAGUCCGUUGUACAGCUUCCUGACCAAUGGGAGUCUGGAGUAUAAAGGCCUUCAGAGCAGCAUGGUGUCCGGUCAGGAGUUCAGUCCUCGGGGUCAGCGUCUCCUCACCGCUCCUCUCUGGUCUCAGACUCUGGGAAUCAGCCCUCAGUGUCAGUAUGAGAGCAGCCCCCCCCCCGCUGACUCCUCCCCCUCAGUAGAAGGAGCGAUCUCUAACCUGACUGUAGAAGAUCUGGCCUCUAAAGCUGCUUACGCUAUACAACACAGCAGAGCGAGGAUCGAACACACUCUGAAGCUUCACUCUUCGUACGAUCACCUCCUGCAGGAUGGCCGACCGGAGAUCACCACCUGUCACUCAAACACUGCCACCAACGUGGACUACAUCCUGUACACACCAGAACUCGUCCCCCCUCCUUCACUUCCUGGUGGGCGGGGCCUAACGCUACUGGGCAGGCUGUCAUUGGUCGGCCAGUCGGAGCUGGAGGAAGUCAACGGGCUGCCCAAUCAGAACCACUCGUCUGAUCACCUGCCCAUCUUCGCUCGUUUCCGCCUCCGCCGCUGAACCCCUAGAGGUCGCGAUGCCUUCAAGUGCAGCUCAGGAAAGUAGGGACAGUUGAGAUGUGGACUGAAGUGAAACGAAAUCAUAUCAAUUAUGUGUUUUGUGUCCCGCGAGACAGAACAUUAAAGUCAGUAUUUCACCAACCAGCAAAUUGAGCCACAUUUAAAUCCUUAAUACCAAUAAUAAUCCAAUGUGUGUGUGACAGGAAAACCCCCAGUGUUGCUUAAAUGCAAAAUGAAAACACACCAAACUUUAACGUAGUAUUUCCAAAUGUUUCGGGACAAAACAGCUGACUGAAAUGUGCCCAUCUUUGAGUUUGAAUGUGUGAAAAUGUGUCGUAGUUCUAAUGAUUAUUACAGGGCAGAAGGAAGACAGUUCCCCUGCAGAGUGUUUUAGCCGUGCAGGUCUUAGUCUCCGCUAUAAUGUAAAAAACAGACUCGUCUUAAUUAGAUUCAUAAUUGCUGUUUAAGUUCAGUUUGCUUCUUGUUUGGAGAAAUUAAGUUAUGUAUGAAUUGAGUUUCCAGCACGAUGUGAUGAAGAGAUUUUAAGACUUAUUUUUAAAGCCUUAACAAAUCACAAAUCGCUGCUAACGACCUCUCUGUUUACGUUGAUGACACGACGACUAACAUCGCCCUCAAACUGUUAUAGUCUGGUAUUGUUUUAAUAUAUAAGUGAAGACGUCGACAUGCAGUACAGUUCCUUUCACUACAGAACAACGUGGACAUAGUUUGCUCUGAAUAUUCAAUGUUUAGCUCUUUUUGAAGCUACAAAAAUGCAUGAAAUAUCAAUUGAAGACAAUUAAAUCAGCGAUGAGAUUUUAUUUAUAUGUUCUAGUUUAAGUUGUGAUAUCAAACAUCGUGAAGCACAAGUUUCACAGCUACCCUUGUGUCAUAUUAAAGUCAUGAUAUUCCUUUACGUUUGCAGACUUUUUAAAAGCUUAAACUCUGGAGUGUAAAUGUGGCGUCAUGAAUAAUGAGAGUCACGUUGGGAGGAAACUCUCGGUGCUUUAUUUUCACAAAUAACGAGUGGAUGUAUUUUUCUUACACUUAUUUUGGAACAGAUUGUAAAUAAAGGACUUGUGUUUUUCUACA